UUAGCCGGGCAAAGGAAGAGGCGAGGCGCCCCUGUGUGCGUGCGUGUGUGUGGCACGCGCCGGGCGCCGGCCGUCAAGUGCCGCGCGCUCCAGCUGGCUGGCGAAGCGCGAGGGCAGCAGCCGGCACGCUCUUCCCCUCCCGCUGAGCGCCAAGGCGGGAGAAUGCGAGAGUCAUGAAUCCAUUAAUGAACUCCGCGCGCGUCGGAGUUCCAGCGGGGACCACGCUCGCGUUUCCUCCGAGCCUUUCGCUUUCUCGCUCUCUCUCUCUCUUCUGUCCCCCCCCCCUUUUCCCCCAACCCCAGCACCCGCCGCUUUCUGUGGUUCUGGUCACUGGGACUGAUUAAUGAAUCAUGAGGUGGCUGCUGUUAAUGCAUUUAUCUGGGACAGACUGUACCGCAGCCUUCAGCCUUCACACGGCGGGGUGAAGCGAGCGCGCGAGAGAGCGAGGCUCCCGCUUUCUCGGCGGGCUCCGACACCUGCAGCCGACCCCGCUGCUCUCCUCGCCCGCCUUCCUGCCCGUCUCCCGCCGUGGAGACAGAGGAGCUGAAGAACCGCCGCUCUCCAUGGCUCCUGAGGAGAACAUCAUGGCAAAUGUUACUUAUAUGAUCCUAUGUCCUUGUCCAGAUGUAUGUGCCAAGCACACAAAUAAAGCUUUAAAGGUCUUAAUAAAUUCAGAAAGAAACAUUACUCUAUGGGCUGAUGAUGUGAUUUCCUCCUGUCACAGUACAGUUGCUGGAACAAUUCUCAUUUCCAAGAGUUUCUAACAAUUGCUACACAAUAAAUCCAGUGCAGCAGAAUAAAUACGUGGUUGCAGGGAUUUCAUAGAAAACUUCCAGUGUGGUCUUUUGCCCAGCUUAAACCCACUAAGGCAGGACAGAACUACCACUAUGGAGGAGGACAACACCCCAACUAACUGAGGAGUACAAAUCUGUCUUGCCCAGAGAUUCACUGGUGGAGCACGAUCAAGGAUGCUUGAGAAAUUUGUUGCUGCUUUGGCCCCAGUUCCAUCAGCUGCCUCCUUGCGGAGACACGUGCUCAUUGUUUCAUCAGACCAGCACAACUGCAUUUUGCACUGAGAGUUCCUUCUUCUCCACAUGGCCUUUCUACUGGUGUCAGCAUACCUUCUGCUGACUCAUGCCCAUGGCGCUCCAGUUGAGAACGGGGCUCUCAUGGAGACGCUGAAGUCCCAAGUGAUGCUGUUCAGCAAUAAGAGUGAACACUAUUCAGCACAAGUGAGACCUCCCGGAACGAGCAGACGAAUACCUCACACAAUCAUCAUCGGAGUUCGCAAAGGAGGGACCAGGGCCUUGCUUGAAAUGUUGGAUGUUCACCCAAACAUUGUGGUAGCGGCUACUGAAGUUCACUUCUUCGACUGGGAUGAGAAUUACGUGAAAGGAAUUGACUGGUACAGGGGCCUGAUGCCAUUUUCAUAUGAAAAUCAAAUAACUAUUGAGAAAACACCAGGCUAUUUUACCUCGCCGCAGGCUCCCGAAAGGAUUCACGAUAUGAAUAGUUCCAUUAAACUGCUGCUUAUUCUAAGAGACCCCACAGAGAGAGUUAUCUCUGAUUAUACCCAAGUCUAUUACAACAGGCUGGAAAGCCACAAGCCUGUUCAGCUCUUUGAAGACAUUGUUAUUAAAAAUGGAGCACUUAAUACCAAAUACAAGGCUAUCCAGAGAAGUCUGUAUGACAUCCACAUGGAGAGGUGGCUUAAACAUUUCCAUUUGAAUCAGAUUCACAUAGUAGAUGGGAAUACCUUGAUCAAGGACCCUCUUCCUGAAUUACAAAAAGUGGAAAGAUUUCUGAACCUGCCAUCCAGAAUUAUGUCUUCAAAUUUUUAUUUUAACCAGACCAAGGGGUUCUAUUGCAUUAGGAGUGAUGGAAGAGAGAGAUGUUUACAUGAAUCAAAAGGACGGCCACAUCCUGUUGUCAACAGUACUGUUUUAGAGCAACUUUACUCCUACUUCAGAGAGCACAAUGCAAAUUUUUACAGAAUGAUUAAUCAUUCCUUUGACUGGCAUUAGUAACUUGCGGGGGAGGCAGUUUGUUUGUUUUCUAAUGUCCUGCAGUAAUUUAUUUUCGAGCACUUCUCAUAAACUCUGAGUUGUAUCCAACUUGAUAUGAAGACCAGAGUUUUCUUCCCUGGGGUUUAACACUAGAAGUCCAUUGCAUUAAUGGUGGACACUCUUUAGUGUACUUGGGGGCAAUAAGCUUAGUGUUGGCUUUUAACUACAAUAAUGAACUUGAUUGCACCAGUCCAAGUCCACUGACUUCAAUGGAGUUAUUUCAGAUUUACACUUGUAUAGCCGAGAUGACUCAUUUGUUUCUCUUUAUUCAAAGUUAUAAGCAAAUGGAGUUUCACAGAAAACCAUUCCUUAACCGAUGUAUAACAAAAAAAAAAAAAAAAAGGGUUGUGUAACUGAAAUGGUAUUAUUCUAACCUUCAGGUUUUGUUGACUGCUUUUAUUUUUCUAUCUAGCUCCAUGACAGUGGGAUUGAUUUCUAUAACUUUUCAUACAGUGAAAUAAUUAUAUAUUAGAAGAAAAGAUGACUUGAAGUGGUCCCAUUAUAUAAUUUAAAAUCUUUUUUGUGAAAUAAUGAUUGUAAAAAGUAUAUCUCACUUAAAUGAGCCUCAAGGCUGCUCCCUGUUAUGGCUCCCUCUAUGUAGGGUCUUUAUAUUAAGUAAGACAUUCAUCAUGUGCAUGGGUAUAAAGCCGUUUAACCUGUUCAUACAAGUGUUAAGCGUUUCAUAUCUCCAAUGCAAACAAAUGAGGGCUCUAAAAUAAUCCCAUUUUACACAGUAGACAUCAAAAAGUACACAAGUGUCUAUUUAAUCACAAAACCAUGAGCCACUUACUUUUUUAUUAAAAAAAAUACCCUUCAUCAAUACACAAUUAUUGGUCUUGUUUGUAUUUUGUAACCAUUUGUUCCAAUAGUUUAUAUAACUAAUUUGGCACAAAGUUUAUUGCAAAAAAAAAAAGUUUAAUUGCCUGCUCUCCAAAGUGUGGAGUAACUUUUGUAAUAUCUAUUUGCAAAUCAUAAGAUGUACUCAGAGUGCAAAGUAACUUCAUGUGGUAUUGUAUACUAUACACACAAUAUUCAAAAUAUCAAGUAUGGGUUUCUGGUUUAUCUAUAAAACUAUACAUCUACAUGAAUGCAUUAGAAUUUGUUUGUUUAUAAUAUAUUUUUACUUGAUAAA